UAGACACUAACUCUUCGGUGCUGCCCCGCUAUCCAUCCAGAACAGCUUUGCCCCUUGCAGCGACCCACGUAAAGACACCAUGCAGGUCGUUGGCCAUGACCACCGGCAUGUGCUGCAUCGCUGAUCGGUCGGUAGCGGCCGUCGCGAAAAAAAAGAUUGAGCAGUCGACGAUAAUCAUAACCCUCUAUCUCACCAACACCACAAACGUCAACUCGACCCUUUAAUUCUCAAAUCACAGCUUGCCAAAUCUCCGGUCCCAAACUAUCCCAUCGCGAAAAAAAAGCAAUAAACGGCUAUCCCGACCACGCUAAAAACGUCAAGUCUCUUGCCUCAACCUCAAUCAACCCUAACAAUGACAUCACUCCCACCCGCCAGCGCCCUCCCCCACGCCCCCGAAACCACCCUCACCCACGUUCUAGACCUGCUCUUCGAGCCCUCGCCUCCCCUACGCACCAUCACCUUCCCCGUGCUCCGCUCCGCCACCUUCCCCAGCUACGACAUCCUCAUCACAGCCGUCAAUGCGCAGCUCGCUGCACUGGCUGCCUCGGAUGACGAAGCCGAUGUGAAGAAGCUGUCUGAGAUCCUGUGUUCGCAUCCGAGGUUGGGUGAAAAGAAGGUGGAUAGUGAGCAGAGUCGGAAAGAGCAGGCGCAGUUGCAGCAAGGUGGGGAGGAGGAGAAGGAGAUGUUGGGGAGGUUGAAUGAGGAGUAUGAGGGGAAGUUCCCGGGGCUGCGAUAUGUUGUUUUCGUCAACGGUCGCCCGAGAUCGGAAAUCAUGGAGAACAUGCGUUCGCGUAUUGAUCGGGGUGAUAUCAAAGCUGAGCGGCAAGAGGCCAUUCAGGCCAUGUGUGAUAUUGCUCUAGACAGAGCUUCUAAGUUGCAGAAGGCAUAGGGUGCGAUUUCAGCGCAAGAAGAAGUCUACAGAGUUGGCUGCAUCAUGACACACGUCCUCGGGUGGUUGAGUUGAAGCUGGGCGUAACAAGGUAUUUCGGUAUGUUGAAUAAUAUCGUAAAUUAAACCAGAUACUGUUGUACAUGCUACAUGCUCUUUUGACCACCACUAUGAAAAUGAGAACGCCAAAGACUAUCCCCUUCCCUGACCGUACAUGUACAUUUCCCCUGCUCAAGCCUGAGACUUUUGCGGCAAAGUAUUCCCCCAUAGUCGAAAACAUUGGACAUGAAAAUGCUAAACAACGCGCUUUUCCCACCAUGUAGUAGUACAA